GUCCUUUGAAAUACGGCGUUUUUUUUAAUUUGCCUACAUACAUUAUGUAUGUAUAGUACAGUGUUUCAUUAAAUUUUGAAAAAUGUAUAUACGUUCGAUCCGCCUCGGACGGCGUCCUAUAAAAUAUUAGCUUAUGACUUAAUAAAAUCCAACGUAUUUUUUUUUAUUUUUCAAUGUAUCAUACGCGCGUGCGUUUACUACGUUAAAAUUUGAUUGCAUAUUACAUAUUUAUAUCAUUAUUCGUAUAACUUAAAUAAAUAUAAAAAAUAGUGAAAUGUAUUUAUUCAGAAUGAUAAUUGGAUGGUAAUAUGGUUAUAGUUAUAGAUCAUAAUCAAUCUUGAUCAAGAAGAAUAAUAAAUAAAUGUGCAAGAAUUUGUAUAAAAGCAAAUUAACUGGACAAUUAACUACAGUGUGGAUUUUCCAGCUUCAAUUAAAUAUAUUUGAGUGAUAAGAACAAUAUUGCUAUUUUGCAAUAAAAUAGCUUAUAAUAUAUACAAUAUGAAAUUCCAACCAACAGUAUCAAUACCUAUAGGUAUUAUAUUUUUUAAAGGAAAGGAAACAAAAGAGAUUUACCUGUGAGAAUAAUACAUUUAUGAGCAUAACAGUAAUCAGCAACUGCAUUAAGGAACAGAUAUUGUGUUGAUAAUCAAACAAUGCAGGCAACGACUAAUCGAGAUAAAGCACUCCCUUCGCGAGGAUUGAAGCAAGUAAAAGUGGAUAAUUGGGGAACUUUCUUUCUACAGAGACUUCAACAGCUUUAUUUUGAAGAAGAAUUACUUGAUUUAACAAUCAAAUUUCCAACUAGUGAUAUUACUGUACAGGCACAUCGCUUAGUUAUCACAACAUGUACAGAUUACUUUAUGCAAUUGGAACGUCAGUUAAAAGAAAAAGAUGAGAAUUUUGAUGGAAUUAUUAUUAUGCCACCAGAUAUGCCUUAUGAGUGUGUUAAGUCUAUUAUUAGUUUUAUGUACACUGGACAAUUGGAAUAUUGGACCUCGGAACAACACGCAUUAUAUCGUACUGCACAAAAGAUGAAAAUGACAGUAUUAACUAAACUGCUUGAUGCUCAAUUUAAUACAACUGCAUUACAAACAAAUAGACCAGCAAAAUCAAAUGUUCCAAUUAUUACAAAAUCCACGACAUUGCCAACCGAAGGAACGGUAACUACAAGUACAUCAACACUUUCGGCUCAACCAUUACCUGGUAGAAAGCUUCCAAUUUGGAAAAGAAAAUUAGAAUUACCUCCUGCAAAUUAUGAAUUGCGAGGUUCAGCACAAAAGCCUACGGAAAUCACUGCUGGGCCAUCCCGAUUUGAUCUGCCUGAAGCAGAAGAUUUUGCUCUUGGAGUUUUUUCCUCAUUUGAUGAUAUUACAUAUAAUACAAAACCCAUUGUUCAAGCAUCAGGAAAGUACAAAAGAGAUAGUUCAUCACCUUCUCUUAAAUGUUCUCCUGAUAGAGAUGUCAAGAAUGAUUCAACGGAAGAUGAAGAAGAUGAUACUCAAUUACAUGAAAAAGAUCCUAAAGAAGUAAAUUCAGAUGAUGAUUGGACAAUAUCGAAUACAUCAGAGCGAUCUCAAGAUGCACAACCAACACCUAAAAGAGUAAGAUUUGAUCUUGAAGAAAAAGAAAACUUGGAAAAAUCUUCAUCUUGUCACACAAACGCAGACGAUUCUAUUAACAAUCACGCAAAAAUAAUCAGGGAAGUAUUGAAAAAAUAUCCGCAUUUGAUUAGAAAUAAUAAAAAUAUACGUUUAAAGAUAAUGCAGAAGGAAGCGAAGUCUACAGAAACUAGUGCUCCUUGUAAAACAAAAGUUUCCUAUGUGGUAUUGAAAUCUGAUCAUUUAAUGUCUAGCAGUAAUGGAGAUGAGAAUGACUCAAAGUGUAACGGUAACGUAGAUGGCGGUGAGACUGGACCAUGGAAAUGCAAUAAAUGCGAUUUAGAUGAAGAAUACACGAAUUAUUACAUGUAUAGAAGACAUAUGCAGGAUGUGCAUGAGGAAAAGUUCGAUCCAAGAGUUUGUGAGCACUGUGGCUAUAAAGCAACAAAAAGAAACAUUUUAAUGUAUCAUCUUUAUACAAAACACAAUGUGCCUCCACCAAAGAGCAUGUGUUUCCCUAAAUGUCAAGCAUGUUCAUAUGUGGCUCUUUCCGAAACUUUGCUUGUGAGACACCAAAUAAAUCAUAAUCAUCGUCCUACAUCUCGGCAUCAUACUUCGACCUUCGAAGUAAUUCAGUGUUUACAAUGUUCUCAAGUUUUUAAGGAUAUUACUGAUCUUACCACACAUGAAAUCAAUACUGGACAUGGUAAUCAUGUGGAAGGGAGAGAAAAAGGAUAUCGUUGUCCUCAUUGUAGCAAAACUUUCGUACGUGUUACGAACUUGCAAGUUCAUAUCGACUGUUCUCACAAGGAUCUACGAGAUUCUGAAACGGCGGCAGCUGUUCCUCCAAUUUCUUUAGAACCAUCUUCGGAAGCAGAAGCUCUUAGUCAUGUAGCAAGUGGGAUAGCGACAUCACUCGGAGUUGGAGAUAGUGUAUCACCAGAAACGCAAGAAGUAGAGAAUCAAUCUGAAUACAUAGUACCAGAAAUAACUGAUAUUUCACAAACUACAACCUAUCAUGCUCAUGAAUUCGAAGGUCAACAGAUGAUCAUGUUGAUCAAUAACGAUAAUUAUCAACAACAGGACGAGAAUGAUCAUCAUCAACAACCACAACAAUUGGAUAUUUCUGGAAAUGAACAAAUUGUAAUGCAAGGUACGGAAGAUGGGAUGAUCGUGUAUAUUCACGAUAAUGAUGAGACAGACAGACAAGCAUAUAACGAUUAUCAAUCUAUAGAGAUUACACAGGAGCCAGAAGAAAUAGUUGAGGAAGUUGUAGAGGAAGUAGAAGAGGCAGUAAUGGAAGAAGAAGUGCAAGAUGAAAGAUCUGAACUUAUAGAUGAGAAUAAUUCUCAUCAGAUGGAAGAUGGUAUUCAAUAUGUUGAAGAACAAACUGAAAUAGUUGAAUAUGAUGAAGAACAAUGUACAGAAGAUAGAAGUAGAAUAGAAGAAUCACAGGAAUCUGUUAUGAUUAUUGAAGAGGAACAUGUGGAAGGAGAUGAUGAAGUUACUGAUGAGGUUGCUGAUAAGGAUAGUAAUGAACAGGAAUCGCCAGAAGCAAGAGAUUUUGCAACUGAAUGGGAUGAGUAUAGUAGAGAUGCAAUAGAAUGAUGAGUAAUAAGAUGUAACCUAUUAUAUUCUUUCUCAUUAAUUCAUUUAUAUAAAUAACAAGUAUGCUCUACAAUCUAUAGGUGUAAAAUGAUGUAUAUCAUGCAUCUUUUAUUACCUAUGUUAUACUAACAAUUGCAAAGUUUUAAAUAGAAGAAUUUAUUAUUAUAUUUUAUCAGAUAUUUUAAAAAUUUGUUGAGCACUCAUUUGAAACAAGUACAUAUAUUCUUAUAACUUAUUCAAUUGAAAAGCAAGAACAUUUUUAGUAUGUUACAAGGUAUUUUACAAUUAAUAUCUGUACUUUUCUUCAUUUAAUAAUGAUGAGGGUAAUAAUAAUGAUGAUGAUGAUGAUGAUGAUGAUGAUGAUGAUGAUGAUG